GCGCUGGCGAGAGCGGUCCGCGAGGGCUGGAGGCGGCGGCGGCUCCGCCCUGCCUGUCCCCCGCUGCAGACGAGUAGCCGCAGCCAAGAGGUUUCGUGCGUCCCGCCGCCUCCGAGUGACCCCGGGCAGCGCGGUUCCUGCCCUUCCACUGCUGCGCCUCCCUCGCCCGGAGACGCGCGAGAGGAGGGGCCCCUAGAGACCGGGCCACCUGCCCCGCCGCAGCCCGGAGAGCCCAGCCCAGCGCGGCUCGUUGCUCCUGCGGGAGGAGCAGAGACGCCCCGUGGGGGCGCCCCCGCGGCGCUCGCCUCUUGCUUGGCUGUCGCUGCUCGCCACCUCCCGGCGUGGGACUCGGGCGGGAGGCGCAACCCGCCAAAGGGCCGAGGGCGUCGUUUCCCCGGCUGCGGCGAGCGGACCAUGGCCGGCUGCUGCUUAUCCGCGGAGGAGAGAGAGUCGCUGCGGAUCAGCGCGGAGAUUGAGCGGCAGCUGCGCAAGGACGCGCGCAAGGAGCUCAAGCUGCUGCUGCUGGGCACAGGAGAAAGUGGAAAGACUACCUUUAUUAAACAGAUGAGGAUUAUUCAUGGGUCAGGUUUCACAGAUGAAGAUAGAAAAGGCUUCUCAAAACUGGUUUAUCAAAACAUAUUUACAGCUAUACAAUCUCUGAUCAAGGCAAUGAACACUCUAAACAUACAGUACACAUCUGAGCAAAACAAGGAAAAUGCUCUGAUGAUCAGAGAAGUAGAGGUGGACAAAGUAACAUCACUGGAAAGAAAACAAGCGGAAGCAAUCAAGCAGCUCUGGGCAGACCCAGGAAUCCAAGAAUGUUAUGAUAGACGGAGAGAAUACCAGCUCUCGGACUCUGCCAAAUAUUACCUUACUGACAUUGAUCGUAUUGCCAUGCCCUCAUUUGUGCCAACUCAGCAAGAUGUUCUCAGAGUAAGAGUGCCUACCACUGGAAUUGUUGAGUAUCCCUUUGAUUUAGAAAACGUUAUCUUUAGAAUAGUGGAUGUAGGAGGCCAGAGGUCUGAAAGAAGGAAAUGGAUUCACUGUUUUGAAAAUGUUACCUCCAUCAUUUUCUUAGCUGCAUUAAGUGAAUACGACCAGGUCCUGGCUGAAUGUGAUGAGAAUCGAAUGAAAGAAAGCAAUGCCUUAUUUCGCUCAAUCAUCAGAUACCAAUGGUUUCGGAACUCUUCAGUCAUUCUUUUCUUAAACAAAAAAGAUCUUCUAGAAGAAAAAAUCAUGCACUCCCAUCUCAUCAGCUAUUUCCCAGAAUACACAGGACCUAAACAAGAUGUGAAAGCUGCCAGAGAAUUCAUUUUGAAACUGUACCAGGACCAGAAUCCAGAUGAUGAAAAAGUAAUCUAUUCCCACUUCACUUGUGCCACAGACACAGAGAAUAUCCGCUUUGUCUUUGCUGCUGUCAAAGACACUAUCCUACAACUAAACCUGAGGGAGUUCAACCUGGUGUAAAGGAGAAAUACUGCUUGGAUCCACCAUCAUCAACACAGCACAGACUUAAUAAAAGACACACAAAAUAGUUGUGUUCUUUUAAACAAUUUACUUACAGAAAGAGGCUAUUCCUGUAGCUAUUUACUGAAGAGAAGGGGACUAACAGAACUUUAAAGAACUUCCAAUGUUUACAGUUUUGUUUUAAAUUAUACGUUUUAAAUAUGGAGUUUAUAUUUCCCUCUUUAAUUGUGGCUGUGAGGGUGUGUGUGUGUGGGUGUUUUUUUUUUUAAGACAACUGUGGUUCAAAGGAUACUUAAAAAUAAUGUUCUAGAACCAUAUAUAAAUCCAUUGCCAUUCAUCUGGUAUUUUCUUAGGGUUUUUAUUGAAUUUCAUAAUCAUUACAAUUAUAGAAGGAAAUUUUAACCUGAGAUGCCUUAGGAAUCGAUAAAGCGAUGCAAUUUUAGAAUGCUAGAUACUCUAAGAUUUGUCAUAAAUUAGAAUGAGCUAUUUGCAUUUUAAUGAAUUUGAGGCCAUAUUAAAUUUAUCAUUGGGAUUUUUAUGUUGGAAGUAUCUUUGGUAGGCAACAUACCAAAAUCUUAAUAGUGUCUUGUACAGUAUUGCAGAUAAUAUCAAAGAGCCUUCAUUUCUGUUUUCAAUGUCGGGGUAUCACCAGCACUUGCAAUUCACUUGGGGUUAGAAACCUCAUCUAUGUGAUUCCUCUGAAAACCAUAGGAAGAAUAAGACUAAGGCUGCCAUCCUUGAGGAUGGCAGUUACAUGUGCUAAACUGUCCACUAAAUUGCUCAUUUCCAUUAUAGAACUUAUUCCUUUCUACAACCCCACUUUUCAUCAACCCCGUAUUUGGUUUUUACAGGCAAGUGUAGGAGGCAUUGCUAGCCUUUCAACCACCCCAGAGUACAGGCAGUCCCCCAGUUAUGCAGAUCUGACUUACGUCGGAUCCGCAGUUACAAACGGGGAUUU